AUGCAAAGUCCUGAUAAGACAGGUUUUAAUUGCGCGGCUUGCGACCGUCCUGAUAACGAGGAGUCGCAAAUGGUAUUUUGUGACCACUGCCAGCGGUGGUAUCACUUCGGCUGUGUUGGCGUGACAGCUGAUGUCAAGGACGUUUCGUGGUGCUGUCAGAAGUGCGUCGGAAGUGCAAGUGAAGGUGUUGUUCCUGCUGAUGUGCAAGAGGGGCUGAAAGAGCUCGAAGCGGAGAAGGCGAAGCAGAAGCGGGAAAUGGAGAAGGAGAAGAUUUUGCACCGGAAGCGUCUGGAGAUGAAGCAGGAGCUGUUCGAGAUGCGCCAGCAGCUGGAGAAAGAGAAGCGGGAGAUGGAACUCGAUUUCGAACAGGCGCAAAUGGCGAAGAAGCUCGCGGAAGAAGAAGCCCAUCAGAGGAAACUCGACAAAAUGCGGACGGAAAUGGAGGAGAAGCUGAAGCAGUUAAAGCUGAAGCGGAAUUCAGGAGCGGCCGAUGGUGAAAAGGAGCUGGAUCAAGCUGUCGGAGGCGGUAAAGUGGGAAGCUCGAAAAGCGGAACAAAGAAGAAGACGGAAUCGGAGCAGACGAAGCCGGGGAAAGGACUCGAGAAGCAAAAGUCGAGGAAUGGAAAGCCUGGAAAAGCGGAUGCGACGGUAGCGGACUUCGAAGAUCCGAGAGGAGCGUACCAGAAGCACUCGACUCCGAAAGUUUGUCGGAAACUGACACUGAAGCCGGAUGGAGGUCCAUCCAGUCUGCCGGAGAGUUUUUUGAUCGGGCGUGGCGGAGAUUCGACGCCACUUGGACGACCAGGGGUUCCCAAACCCGAGAAGGUGAAAACCAAGAAGAUGAAGAAAGUGGUGGAAGUUGUCGAGUCGGAAAGCGCGAGUUCCGGCGAAGAAGAAGAAGAAGAGUCCGCUGAAGAGGUGGAAAGCUGCGAAGAAGAAGAAGCAAGUUCCAGCGAGGAAGAGGAGAGCUCCGCAGAGGAGGAAGAUAGCAGCGAAGAAAGUUCGGAAAGUUCCGAAGAAGAGAGAAAGGAAGAGAAGCCUCGUCGGAAAAGCGGAAAAGGCAAGGAUGGGCGGAAGAAUCGGCAGCGAGAACCGACGAAGGCGCAGAUGUCCGCUCGGCAAUUCCUGUCCAGGAAGUUGCCAACGUUUUCUGGCAGGAUGGAAGAAUGGCCGAUGUUUAUCAGCAGCUACGAGACGUCGACGAAGGCGUGCGGCUUUUCCGACGUGGAGAAUUUGGCGCGGCUACAGGAGUGCCUGAAAGGAGAGGCCCUGGAGGCGGUAAGGAGCAGACUGCUUCUGCCGAAAUCCGUCCCAAAGAUUGUGGAGACACUGCGCAUGCUGUACGGCAGGCCAGAGCGACUGCUCAAUAUGCUGUUGGCGAAGGUGAGCAAUGCAGCGCCACCGAAAGCGGAUCGGCUGGCGAGUUUCAUCAGUUUCGGAGUGGUAGUGCAGCAGCUUGCCGAUCACCUAGAAGCGACCGGACUAACGACGCACUUGGUCAACCCGAUGCUGAUCCAGGAGUUGACGGAGAAGCUACCGGCUGGCACCCAGCUGGAAUGGGUACGAUAUCGCAGGAAGACCAAAGUGGUGACGCUGAGGACGUUAUCAAAUUUCCUGUCAAGCAUCGUGAAGGACGCUAGCGAAGUAGCAGCGUAUGGAGAAGGUACCCCCCGUUCCGGAGAAUCCGGAUCGAAGAAAGGAUCGAGAAGCAGAGCGCACGACGGCUACGUGCACUCGCACGACGUGGAAGAGAAUAGGAGUUCGAGUCCACCCAGGAGGGAGAGGAAGCCCUGCCGGAUUUGUGGCAGAGUGGAUCACCGGAUCCGGAACUGCGAGAAGUUUCGGAGGCUCCAGCUCGGAGAACGAUGGGAAGCGGUGCGCAGGUGGAAGCUUUGUCAACUGUGCCUGAAUGAGCACGGUAACGCCGGCUGCAAGCUUAGCUUCCGCUGUAACGUUGAAGGCUGUAAGGAACGACACAACCCGCUGCUUCAUUUCGUCAGGCCAGCCGCAGGACUAAACUGCAACGUUCACGCCGCCCAGCCAAAACAAACCGUGAUCUUCCGGAUGAUGCCCGUCACGCUGCACUGUGGCAAACACUCCGUGAACACUAUCGCGUUUCUGGAUGAAGGAUCAUCGUACACACUGGUCGAACGGGCAUUGGUGAACCGUUUAGGAGUCCGAGGCGCGGCACAGCCCUUGCGCGUAACUUGGACCGCAGGAGUUUCCCGGAUCGAGAAAGACUCGCAGUGCGUGAGUCUCUUCAUCUCGGCGAGAGGAUCCGCACAACGUUUCCAAAUAAAGAGCGCCCACACAGUGGAGAGUUUAAAGCUUCCGCAACACACGGUAGCCAUUUCGGAAGUGGUGAGGCAAUAUGCGCAUCUCCAAGGCCUACCGAUCACCGACAUCCAGCAUGCCGCUCCACAGAUUUUGAUCGGGCUGAAGGAUAUUCAUCUUUACGCGCCGUUGGAAUCGCGAAUCGGUCGACCGGAAGAGCCGAUAGCAGUAAGGUCGAAGCUAGGCUGGACCGUAUACGGGCCGACGGGACCGGGAAACGUGACUAGCGGAAUGGUCGCGCAUCAUUCGUGCAGCCCGGUGUCCAAUCAGGAGCUUCACGAUCUCCUGAAGAGUCACUACACGCUGGAGGAGUCCGGCAUUUCCAUCGCCUUGCUUCCGGAGCCGGAAGAAGACAGAAGAGCGAAGGAGAUUUUGAAGAAGACGACGAGGAGGAUCGGCGAUCGUUUCGAGACGGGUUUGCUGUGGAAGGACGACAACAUCGAAUUUCCCGACAGUUACCCUAUGGCGGUGAAGCGGCUGAUGUGUUUGGAGAAACGCCUGCGGAAGGAUCCCGAGCUGUAUGUCAAAGUCCGUACCAUGAUCGCCGACUAUCUCGUGAAAGGCUACGCACACGAAGCGUCGGAGUCGGAGCUGCUAGCGUUGGAUUGCAGCAAGGUGUGGUACGUUCCGCUGAAUAUCGUCUACAAUCCGAGAAAGAAGAAGUUUCGUCUGGUGUGGGACGCCAGAGCGGAAGUUAGAGGAGUGUCGCUCAACUCGAAGUUGCUGAAGGGACCGGAUAUGCUGACUGCCCUGCCGGCGGUGAUAUGCAAGUUUCGGGAGCGAGAAGUCGGUUUCGGAGCAGACAUAAAGGAGAUGUACCACCAGCUGCGGAUUCGAGAUGAGGACAAGCGAGCGCAAAGGUUUCUGUUUCGAAACGAUCCGUCGGAGAAGCCGACAGUGUAUGUGAUGGACGUAGCCACUUUUGGGUCGACGAGCUCGCCAUGCUCGGCGCAGUACGUCAAGAACCUGAACGCGAAGGAGUUUGCAGGACAGUUUCCAGCGGCGGCGGUGGCCAUCGUCGAAAACCACUACGUCGACGAUUAUUUCGACAGCGUAGACACGAUCGAGGAAGCUGUGAAACGAGCGAAGGAAGUACGAUACGUCCACUCCAGAGGCGGUUUUGAGCUCCGCAACUGGGUCUCCAAUUCCGAAGAGUUCCUGGAUGCGAUGGGAGAGCGAAAAGAGGAUCAGUGCGUGCGGUUCAGCGAGGAUAAGGAGUCCGGAUCCGAGCGAGUACUGGGGAUCGUGUGGAGCCCGGCAAGCGACGAAUUCUCGUUCUCCACCAAACUGAGAGACGAUCUGGAGCCGUUCCUGUCCGGCGAGAAGCUGCCGACCAAAAGGAUCCUGUUGAGCUGCGUGAUGAGCUUUUUCGACCCGUUAGGACUGUUGUCCAUUUUCACGUUCUAUGGGAAGCUGCUGAUUCAGGACCUGUGGCGUACUGGAUGUGAGUGGGACCAGCAGAUCGAUGAAGAGUGUGCGGAGAAGUGGAGCAACUGGAUCCGGAGGCUUCCAGAAGUCGACGAAGUGCGCAUUCCCCGCUACUAUUUCCGUGGCGGAUUUUCACUGCGAUACGACAGCUUACAGCUACACGUUUUCGUAGACGCUAGCCAGGACGCGUACGGUGCCGUGGCGUACAUCCGCAUCGAGACGGCCACCGGGCCGUUAUGCUCGCUCGUGAUGGCGAGAUCUAAGGUAGCACCGCUGCAGCACAUGUCCAUACCGCGACAGGAGCUGCAAGCUGCAGUGUUAGGAGCGAGGUUGGCGAACUCCGUCGGCGAGACGAUUUCGUUGGAGGUUGGCAACGCUGGGUGA